AUGGCAUUUUCGACCACCUCUUCGCGUUCUGCCGACAUGGCAAAGCUGCUUCUUAUCGGCCGUCUAGGCAAGGACCCUGAGGUUCGGUACACCAAGACGGAGAAAGAGUACAUCUCUUACACCAUCGCUACCUCCAACCAGGGACCGGUUCCAGAGGGAGCGCAACCUACGACCACGUGGCACCAUGUUCUGUCCUUCAACCCGGGUGCGAACAACUACCUUCGCACGCUGAAGCGCGGGUCUCUCGUGUUCGCAGAGGCCAACUUCGAGCUGCGCCAGCCCGACCCCAACGCCGACCCGGAUUCGCCUGAGGGACAGCGUCAGAUCUUCUUGCGACAUGAGAGCAUCAGGGUCCUCCGCGUUCCGCGCGGAGAGGCAGAAGAGAACGUGUCCGAGUGA